AUGGUACACAUAUAAGAAAUGUUCUUCCUAGAGAGUCUCUCUAGAUUCUUCUUAGCGCACCUUGAAUUUCUCCAGACUUGGAACUUUCUUGGCUUAUUCAUUUAAUACCCAGAAAUAUACACAAAUUUCUGCGAAUCGGAUGACUUGUUGGGGAAACGGUGAUGUUCUUUCAUGACGUGAUCGAAACUUUAAUCAAUGUAAACAUUAUUCAGCCGAUCGUAUCGCCGAGUAAAUAAUUGAGUAUACAAGUUAAGCGGACUUAAAUAAAUCGUAUGCCAGUAAACACUCGAAGUGAAAUAUACAUAUAAUUAUACUGUAAUUGAAUCUGGGAGGGAUAUAUUGUAAAUAAAAGCACUUUAAUGUGAAGUUAAGCUGGCAAGACAUGAGGGUCUUGUCCUAUUUUUUAAUUUUCUAAGAGUCUCUUGACCAAUUUGAUAUUAAAUUCUUAGUAACUUGCAAUUGUGAUUGGAAGAAAUUAUGCGUGUGGAAUAUUCAUGGAACUUGAUAACCGAUUGCCUUCUAGGAGCCUCUCCCACAUGAAUGAAGUUUCCGUUUCCGCAGCAAGUGCUAAUUCCCGUGAAUUCUUGGACCAUAAUAUUAUAUAUGAGUUGAGAUGGUAACCUAAUCAGUGUGGCACCCGUGCAGUCGCCUGGCAAAUUGCUUCAAAAAAAUAUAGUCACCAACAAUAGCCACAACACCGGAGGCAUUCAACCCUCCACUCAGCCUUGAUUCCGGUCGGUCGUCGUUCCCGGCAAUUGGGAAGUGCCAAGGCGUCGCCAGGCACUCAGACACCAGGCUCUUAUCGAACUCGUGCUGAGCCUGGGCCCAAAGGAGCGUCGUCGGCCUAAUGGCAGCAAAACAUUUCGGCUACCUGGACCUACCUAAUGGCCCUCGCAUCUGAAUCGGAAUCUGAGUCUGAGUCUGAAUGGAAAUGGAAAUGGAAAUGGAAAUGGGCAUGGGAGUGGGCAUGGAAUUAAUGUGUAUGGGGUGCAUUACUUGGCGGUCAAACUGUGGCUAAUAGACGCAUUUAGCACGCGUCCAAAUGCAUCUCAUAGAUACUCGCAUUCAUUAACCGGCCUCGGUUGCACAGAGAGAAACAGGUAGUUGCCAAAAACUAGUUUUCAAUAUAGGAUUCUUAGGGAAUACCUUACCACUAAAUAAUAUACUUAUAACUAAUAUUUAAAAAAUAAAAUAAUUAAUUUUAAGGGAUAUAAAUUUUGUUUUUAUGAUAGUAUUAUAUUAUUUAAUUUUAAUCUUGUAUUCUUAUUUAAAUUUUUAAUAUAUUAAUAACUCUUUACAAUAAACCAUAUCCUCCUAAAUAACUCAUCUUGGCACUUAAAAAAAUUUAAUAAUUAAACAAAUAUGUCCAUAAUUUUGACCCAAUUAUUGAAGAACUAAAUCGGACCAUGUUGUGAUUUUUUCCACGUGUGGCACUUGCGUUAACCGCCAAUUGGCGAUGGAAUCAGAUGGAACGAACCUGUCUGAAUAUCUGAAUGCCUGAAUGCGGGAGGCCCACACCAGUUUCUAUAGAUGCCUAUAGACUGUCUUUGUAUUUGUAUCUGUAUCCGUGUCCGUGUGUAAAAACCCCGAUGAGUCAUCAGGCAAAUGCCGAUGCGUGCUGCGCCACAUUGGCAUACAUAAAUCCAACAUGUGCCCGGGCAACUGGUCUGCCUUUUUGAGUGGGAGCCCACCUCAGGAAAAGAGCGUAACCGAGAGAGAGAGGCAGCGCGGCACCGAAAUCAAAACAAAAACGUAUCUUUGAAGUAGAAAAUGUCAACAAACGAGUUGCCCGCCAAAUUACUGAUUUGAGUGGAACUCGACUCCGGUUGAGUGGAAGUGGCGGCCAGUGAGAGCGGUGGUGAGCAUGAGCCGGCCUUUGAGCCUUUCUCGUUUUGGGCCAACAAAAAUCGCAUGCGACAAAUCUUUCAGAUUCGAAUUGUAUCUGUAUCUGUGAGAUGGCUCUCUUUCACUUUGUUGCUCUCUAUCUCCUUUUGCUUCAUCAUUCUGACAGUUAUUGUGUGCUGUGCCAUUCCACCGCCUUUCGUCAGGGCCGCGGGAAUCAAGUGGAGCAUAAAAAUAUCGUUCAGUUGGGGAUUUCCAUGCGGUUGGGACAUUUUAUGGAUUUCUCUUUGGCGGUCAAGAUACAAUUUGAUUUCAAGGUGUGAAAUUUUUUGGAAAAAUAACGGAAAUGCGAAGUAAAUUUUGGAUAUUUUGUGUUAAUUAUUGAAUGCGGUUACUUAUUGUUGAAAUGUGGUUAAAAUUUUUAUUUUUAGUUUCUAUAUUUAAUAAGUUGAAAUAAUUAACUAUAUUUUAUAUACAAAAAUAAAAAAAAUUUUGGAGAAAUAUUAUUACAAUCUAUAGUCAAUCCUAGCUCGUAAACUGGUUCCGAUGGCCUGCUGCAGCCCUGGCAUCUACGCAGCUUGAAUUUCCAGGCAAGUGCGCCUGUGUGCGAGUAUCUGUGUGGGCCCGCCGCGUAUCUGUGUGCGUGAGGCAAUGGCCAAGACGUCACCCGAUGGUGGAUAGCCAGUUGCCAGUUGCUCAGUUUCAGUUAUUCAGUUAUUUUUCGCUUUUUGUUAAGGCAACGCGACUGCAGGAACGGCAGCGGAAAGCCACGCGGCCGUCUCUCUCUCUCUCUCUUUCUCAUUCUCUCUCGUGUUAAUCAGUCCAACCUCCCACCCAACCACCCAACACCCCUCUAGCGUGCUCUCCCGCUCGCACACAACCAGAGAGCUGCCUUUGGAGGAAGUGAGACCGAAAACCAACAACAGGCGACAAACCUUAUUAUUAUUAUAAUUCCCUUCCAUUGUUGUUGUUGUUACGUUUUAAUUUUUUUAACACUUUCACAAGUGCACACCAAUAACAUUCCCCAACAAAAAAACAAAAAAAAAAAACAUUGAAAAAUAAAGAUACAGUUACAAAUUGUCAGAAUAAUUGUGACUUCGCGUUAUCUUGUUGAGAAUCGAGUUAGUGUGAGUGUGUGUGUGGAACGUCAAGAGCGGCGCCUCAAAAGCCACCAGAAAAGAUUUUUUAGGAAAACAAACCGAAAACCAAAAAAUCUCCCCUCAACAAAAAAAAGUAAAAAAUAUUACGAAAUAUUCCAACAAAGUCGGACGAAGUUCAAAAAGCGAAACGGUGACGGGCGAUAAACGUCAGCGGUACACGAACGGUGAGCGGUGGUGGUACCUGUGGUGCGCGGUGUCGAGUGGUGCGGGGCGUGGUCCCCCUGCCUUUAAUCUAGAGCAGUGGUGGGCAAAACGCACACAUUUAUAACAUUUGAUUGUGUGCGUAAGCAGCGAAAAACAAAGAGAGCAACCCAUUCACUGAGCGAAAAACUUUGUGUACUAAUUCGUUCAUCGGUAAUUUUGUAAAUAUUGCACAAAAUAAGGUACUUUUUGUAUUUUUCAGACUUGUAUAAUGAAUUUACACAAUUAUAAUAAUAAAAUAUGAAAAUAUAAUACAAAAAUAAAAGAAAAAAUACGAACUAUAAUAAAAUUAAUAAAGAUAAUAAAAAAAAAUAAUAAUAGGAAUAUAAAAGAAAAUAUAAAACGAAUAAUAAAAAAUUAAAAUAAAAAAAAAAAAAAUAAUAAAAAUUAUUUUAUUAUUUCAUCAAUAUUAAUUUUACCAGAAAACUCUUUUAUACGCAAAAGGUUCCCAAAUUUCAAGAAACAUUUUUCUCAGUGAUUUUUUUGUCGCAAUGGUCGUGCUCCAGUGAGGUCCGAUCAUCGAAUAAAUUCAUUUUCAUUGGUAGAACAGAAUAUUUUUGGCGCUCAAAUGAAAUGAAAUGAGAGAAAAAUGCCAACUUUGGCCCUCUCACGAAAGCUAAUGAGAGUGCUUCGGAGAGGAGCGAGCUCGCUCAUACUGUGCGUGUGCCGGCAGCGCUGCAGCAGAAUUUUUGGCCCUAUGCUCGCGAGUUAUGGGAAAUGAGAGUUUGCCCACCACUGAUCUAGAGAAUUCUCCAUCGAGCUGUUACCAAUUUCAGCGUUAAAAAGACAGCUGCUAAAACGCAAAACUGCAGGCCAACAAACAAAAAGCAAAAAAAACUAAAAGAAAAGAGAGUGCCACGAGGAGAGGGCCCAGCAGCCACCCGCACAUGUAAAUUUUUGUUUGUAUUCGCAAUUAAGAGGCGAAAACAAUAACAAAAACAAAAACAAAAACGACAAUGAAAGUUAAAGUCGAACGCACAACAAAAAAAGCCGCCAUAACAAAGGCAACCGCACCGGAAGAUUCCAAGAUCCCCAAACCCGGUGACCCCGAGGAGGUGGAGAUGGAGGAGGAGGAGGAGGAGGAGGAGGAGCUGAAAGACUCUGGCGAGGAGGAGCUGGACGAGCUGAAGGAAGCCCAGCAGUUGGCGGAACAGUUGUCGGGACAAAUGGACUUUCUGACAACCGAUCUAACCGCAACAACAAAGCUAGCAACACCAGCAGCAACACCAACAACGGCCGCCGUUCGCAAUCUUAUCCUAUGAACUCUUUUUAUGGACCGGGCCUUAAGCACUGGAUUGUGCAAAAAAUAAAAAAAAAAACUUUAACGACUUUGGCAGUUUGCAGUUCGCCUGUCCCCCGCACGUUUAUUUUAUCAUUUUAUUAUUUUAUAAUACCUUUCGAUUGUUCCAGGAAAUUUUUCAUGGGAUUUUGUAAAUUCGAUUCCGAAUGCGGUGCUGCUCGACUUAUGGGCGAAGGCCGAGCGAUAGAUACACGUACUGACAGAUAGCAGCGCAGAGAUAACACUUUACUUUACUUUACAGUUGUAACUGCCUUUGACGCACUUGUUUCUAUGUCCAUAACAGUCUCUUCUUUGUUCGCGGAUAUAUCGUGUCUUCCAGGAAUACAUAUUUGUACUACUUUUCAAUUGAAACUGAUAAAUGGUAUAAAUACGUGCAAAUAUAUGAUUUUACCAAGAAAUUGCUUUAUUUAUUCCACUUAACUAAUAUUUAUUUAAUUGCCCUCCACUAAUUGCCUAUCCACUUUUGGCCAAUCACUAUUAUUCCAUUUUUUUGUGGUUUAUUAACCCAAAUUAUGUGAUUUUUUCCGGAUGAAUUUGCAUUUUUGCCAUGAGAUUUUUAUCUAAAGUUUAUUUGUGGCAUUAGCUUUAUCUGGACUGGCUAUGUUUGUUCUCUAAUCAAUUAGGGGAAAUCACCGAAACAAAAAGACUCCCAUACUAGCCUAGACUCCACAGUCAUUGCUCUUAAAUGUUCGUUUAGCUUGUGCAUUUUGGCGCUUCGCUAAUGAAAUUAUCUAAUGACGUCAAUGGCUUAAACUUAGCUUAAGCUAAGGCCACAGACGUGAAAUAAAAAAUGUUAGCUUAGACCGGUUUUCUCGGCUCUCGAAGUUUCAUUUCAGUUGAGAGCCAAAUUUGGUAACACGCUGCUGCUCGACUGCCGAGUGGUAGCGGUAGCAUGACGUCACAAAGAGGGAGAAAGGCGAUCGCUUUUCAGUUCCAAUGCUAAUUUCCCCCCCGUCCUCACAACAAAAUUAUGUCAUCAUGUAUUUUCAACAAACUAGCCACAAAGUGUAUAUGGAAACAAAACGAAAGGAAAAUGUCAAAAGUUGCGUGUUUUUCGCACUCGCUUUCGAUUUUCUUGGAAACAGGGCACUUAUUGGGGCGGUAUACUGGGGAGGGGACAAGUGCUUAUCAGGAGCGCUGUUUAAAGGGGGGAUGGGUGGGUGGCGGUAAACCUAAUUCAAUGCCCAGAUAGAUAAUGCACCGAUAGGGGUUAUCUUUUGUGUAUAAACACACAGGCCACAGAGCUACAGUCAUGCUUUUCAUUUCGCAAUUUAGAUUGAAAGCCUAGACGAUAAGCUACCUAGAAAGGUUAACAAGCUAAUUUUAAAAUUAAUAUUUAUUUUAUAAAAAUUACUAUAGUUUUAGGCCAGAAAUUAAAUCCCCCCAUAGUAUUCUAUAGCUACAGCACUGUCCUUUCCAUGGCAAACACUUUGUUUAGCUGGGUUUGUUGAACCCGUACCCCUCGGAACGAAUGCCUCCUCGAAGCUAGUGCUAACUGCCAAGUUAGCCCUGUGUUCUUCCCCUAAUUGAGUUAUAUAUCGACAAUACAACUAA